AUGGCUCUUCGGCAGGAUCGCAGCAGUGUGUCGACCUUCUAUGCUAAGCUCAAACGACUCUGGGAUGACUGGUUGAUGCUGGAUCCAUCAGCAAAGUGCACGUGUGGAAAUUGUUCGUGCAACGUCGAGCAGCGAACUAGGGAGUCACACGAAGCCAUGAGGUUGCUGGACUUCUUGGUUGGCCUUGAUGAAAAUUAUUCCAUUGUUAGAACUCACCUUCUGUCUUUGAAGCCGCCGCCGAGUCUUGGAGAAGCGUAUCACGCCGUGGCAAACGAUGAACAACAAAGAAACAUAAAAAAUUAUCAAAGACCACGCGUGGAUGCUGCGGCCUUCCAAGGACAGGGGGAGCGUUCGGCUUCUGAGGAUCGGACCAAUGAUGGCUGUCCAAAGUGCUCGCAUUGCGGGAAAGUUGGCCACUAUCGCGAGACGUGCUACGAUAUAAUUGGGUGGCCUCCCAAAUCUGCGGAGAAGGGAGAUAGGUCGCGCCGUCGAAACCAACAGCAAUGCCAGUCUCGCCAGGAUCCACAGGCCGCGGCUGUUGAGUUGUCACAGCUAAGUGUACCUGGCUUUUCAGCGGAGCAGGUCGAGCAGCUCAAGGCCUUCCUCAGUGCUGGUCCACCGAGCUCAAAUACUCAACCUAAAGCGAAUAUGUCAGGACUUACGCUCCAAGAAGAUGAUUGGGAUGGGUAG